AUGUUGUCCGCUCGUGUCGCCGCCCGCGCUGGGCUUCGCAACUUUGCUGUUCCCCGGUCCGUUGCCGUGGGUGGAUUGAGGACGUAUGCUGCUGCUGCUCAGCAGGAUGUGCGACCUCCUGUUGCUUUGUACGGUGUUGACGGUACUUAUGCCAACGCAUUGUACACCGCCUCAGCAAAGACCUCCUCCCUCGACUCAGUCGCCAAAUCCCUCUCCCAACUCGGCGAAGUCUUCAAGAAGGACCCCAAACUCACCCCCAUCCUCAACGCACCUACGCUUAGCGUGAGCGACAAGCAACAAAUCAUCAAGGAAUUGCAGGCCGUGGCUGGAGGCGCAGACAAGAACGAGAUCCUCAAGAACUUUUUGGCGACUCUCGCCGAGAACAACCGUUUGGGAUUGUUGGAAGGUGUGAUUGAGAAGUUCGAGACUCUUAUCAGCGCACACAAGGGUGAGAUUGAGUUGAGCAUUACUAGUGCUCAGGAACUCGACAACAAGGCCAUCCAGCGCAUCGAAAAGGCUGUCUCCAAGUCCGAGUUUAGCCAGGGCAAGAAGCUCAAGGUCGUCACCAAGGUCAACCCCGACGUCCUCGGCGGCCUCAUCGUCGAAAUUGGUGAGCGCACCAUCGACCUCAGCGUCUCUUCCAAGAUCAACCGUCUCAACAAAGCUCUUACCGACGCCGUGUAA